AUGGGAAAAAGGAGGAAGGCGUUAGAAAUGUAUUACACAAUCAACGGAAGAAGGUCAUCGAUGUUUCCUGUUCUUGUGCUGCUUCUCCUGUCAUAUGUACUGCAACCAGCAUUGAGUUCAUCUGUUCAGGCACUAGAGCGGUUGUUCCAGCAUACAACUGACAGGGAUACCUUGCUGGCCUUCAAGUCAAGCCUAAGCAACCAACCGGAUGUCCUAGCUGCAUGGAACACUACUAGUGACUUCUGCCGGUGGCCAGGUGUCGUUUGUGGCGCUAAGCACACAGACAGGGUCACGGUGCUUAACCUCUCUUUGGAGGGACUUGUUGGCCCGAUAAUACCUUCCAUUGGGAAUCUCACCUUCUUGAAAAUUCUAGACCUCAGCUUGAACCAUUUGCAUGGUGAAAUACCUUCACAAAUUGGUCAUCUAUCUCGGUUACGAUAUCUUGACUUGUCCAACAACUCGCUUCAUGGUGACAUGAACGCUGGGUUGAAGAACUGCACCAGCCUUCAAAGCAUCAAUCUUGGGUCAAACUUGCUCACUGGAGAAAUCCCUUCAUGGCUCGGAGGCUUGUCAAGUCUCCGGACCAUAAUCUUGCAGAAGAUGUCAUCGAUGUUUCCUGUUCUUGUGCUGCUUCUCCUGUCAUAUGUACUGCAACCAGCAUUGAGUUCAUCUGUUCAGGCACUAGAGCAGUUGUUCCAGCAUACAACUGACAUGGAUACCUUGCUGGCCUUCAAGUCAAGCCUAAGCAACCAACAGGAUGUCCUAGCUGCAUGGAACACUACAAGUGAUUUCUGCCGGUGGCCAGGUGUCGUUUGUGGCGCUAAGCACACAAACAGGGUCACGUUACGAUAUCUUGACUUGUCCAACAACUCGCUUCAUGGUGACAUGAACGCUGGGUUGAAGAACUGCACCAGCCUUCAAAGCAUCAAUCUUGGGUCAAACUUGCUCACUGGAGAAAUCCCUUCAUGGCUCGGAGGCUUGUCAAGUCUCCGGACCAUAAUCUUGCAGAAGAGUAACUUCACAGGGAUUAUACCACCAUCACUUGCCAACCUCUCAGCACUAGAAAAAAUACAUUUAAGAUCAAACCAACUUGAGAGCUCCAUCCCCGAGGGCCUUGGCAGGCUCGGGGAUCACCUCCCAAAUCUCCAGUACCUACUCAACAACUUUACAGGAAGCCUUCCAGCUUCUCUUGUCAAUGCAACUAAGAUAUACUCCCUAGACAUCUCAUUUAACAACUUCACCGGAAUAGUGCCUCCUGAUAUUGGCAAGCUUUGUCCAGACUUCCUCUCUCUAGAAACAAAUCAGCUCAUGGCAGCUACAGCUCAUGAUUGGAAGUUCGUCACGUUUUUCGCAAAUUGCACACGUCUACGCUUGUUCAACCUCCAGUAUAACAAGUUAGGUGGCGUACUGCCAAUCUCUUCUACCAACCUAUCAUCACAACUCCAGAUUCUAUGUGUUAAUCACAAUGAGAUUUCCGGAAAGAUACCAUCUGGGUUAAGUAAUCUUGGUGGGCUAAAUUAUUUGCAAUUAUCUGACAACAGAUUCACUGGUAUCUUGCCGGAUAGCAUCGGACAGCUAAGUUCGCUACAAGUCUUAGUCUUUAACGGAAACCGGUUGACAGGAUUCAUUCCCUCCUCCCUUGGGAACUUGACGAAGCUAUUACAACUUUACGCUGGCGAAAACAAGUUUGAGGGACCACUUCCAACAAGCCUAGGGAGACUGCAGGAGCUAACAAUAGCAACCUUUGACAACAAUAAGUUCACUGGUCCAUUGCCUAAAGAGAUCUUCAACUUGUCAUCCUUGUCAUAUGCUCUAGAUUUUUCAAAUAAUAAUUUCGUUGGCCCUCUUCCACCAGAAGUUGGCUUCCUCACACAGAUCCCAGAGGAUAUGGAGAACAUGACAUCAAUUUACCAUUUAGACCUGUCCUUCAACCAUCUAGUUGGCAAGGUUCCAUUACAAGAAUUACGUUUGCCCGCAUGCCCACCAGAAUACACGGAACACAGCUUACGGAUACACCAUGUCCUUCUAGCAAUAGUAAUGCCGGUUGUUGUUGGCAUCAUUAUAUGUUGUAGUUUGGCACUUAUAUUCUUCACAAUAAGAAGGAAACAAAGGGCUCAGUCCACCAGCAUGAGAGGAUUCAUAUUGGUAGAUGGAAAUUACCCUAGAGUUUCUUAUGCUGAAUUGCUCCAAGCAACAAGCUGUUUUGCAGCAGACAAUUUGAUUGGUAAAGGAAGGUAUGGAUCUGUCUAUAAGUGUGACCUGCUGCUAAAAAAUAUGAUGACCACAGUUGCUGUGAAGGUUUUUGAUCUUCAACAAUCUGGAUCCUCCAAAAGUUUUCUAGCCGAGUGUGAGGCACUAAGUAAUAUCCGCCAUCGGAAUUUGAUUAGUGUCAUCACUUGCUGCUCAAGCUCGGACUCAAACCAAAAUGACUUCAAAGCCAUUGUGUUUGAGUUCAUGCCUAAUGGGAGCCUAGACAGGUGGUUACAUCAAGAUGUACAUGCAACACAACAACUUCAAGGCUUGACACUAAUGCAGCGAUUAAAUAUUGUCGUUGAUGUUGCAGAUGCACUAGAUUACUUGCACAACUGCGAACCACCAAUAGUUCACUGUGACUUGAAGCCAAGCAACAUUCUUCUUGAUAGUGAUUUACUUGCUCGCAUUGGGGACUUCGGCCUUGCAAAGAUUCUUUUAGAUCCAGCAGCUGAGCAACAAAUUAAUUCAAAGAGCUCGGUUGGAAUAAGAGGAACAAUUGGAUAUCUCGCUCCAGAAUAUGGUGAAGGUGGUCAAGUUUCUACAUCUGGAGAUGUAUACAGCUUUGGAAGUGUCAUCCUCGAGUUGUUUACAGGCAUGGCACCGACGCAUAACAUGUUCAAAGAUGGGCUGACCUUACAGAAGUAUGCCAAGAAUGCAUUCCCAGACAUGUUAAUGAAGAUUGUUGAUCCAGCCCUACUGUCCUUUGAAGAAGCUUAUGUCAGAAGUUUGCAGGGUGGAAGCUACAAAAUGGAAGAUGUCUGCAACACCAUGUUCUCAAUCAUGGAAAUUGCAAUAUCAUGUUGCAAGCAAGCAUCAUCAGAGAGGAUGUGCAUGAGAGAUGCAGCAGCUUGGAUGCACAAGAUAAGAGAUAACCAUGUUGAAAGAAGGCAAAAUGAGCAAGUCAUUAUAACUGCAUAG